AUUACGUCAGCGUUGUUGUGUCACGUGAUUGCACGUGGGCGUGUCGUCGCUGUUUCCGGAAACAUGGAGGCUGUUCUGAGUGAUGUUGUCGCUCCUGAGGACCUCAAAAAAUUUGAGAAGAAAUACCACAACGAGCAGCUCAAGGGAUCCGUUUCCAAGGAAACCAAGUUUGAGUAUGCUUGGUGUUUAAUCAGGAGUAAAUACACGGAUGAUAUUAAGAAGGGAGUGUUGCUCCUAGAGGAACUUGUUCACAAGUCGUCAAAGGACGACUCACGGGACUUUCUCUUCUACCUUGCAGUGGCCAACUACAGGCUCAAAGAAUAUGAAAAGGCCUUGAAGUACAUCCGGACUCUGCUGAGGAACGAGCCAGGGAACAAGCAGGCUCUGGAGCUGGAGAAGCUCAUCGACAAGGCUUUGAAGAAAGACGGCUUGGUCGGCAUGGCGAUAGUCGGCGGAAUCGGACUGGGCGUGGCCGGCUUGGCGGGUCUGAUCGGCUUGGCGGUAUCGAAGGGAGCAGCGAAAUCCUAACCUGGAUGAGAAAUGUGUUCUGGACUCGUGCGCUGACCUCCAUUGAGAAAAAACAAAACAAUAACCAAGUGCUAAAAAGAGGUUGGUUUGAAGUUGAAUUUGUGCUGCGACACAUUUACAGCACACGAUGGUUGGAAAAAAAAAAAGUUUCAUACUUUAACAAGGUUGAAAAUUACAUUUUCUUCUGUUCACAUAUUAAAGCAUGUCAGUUUCUAGCUACUUUCCUUACUUUAAUUGAAAGAGUUGCCAUUUGCUUUCUGUAUGUACUUCUAAGACUGUACAGGCUUGUUUCAUUGUUUAUGGAUAAAGGAAAGUGUUACUGUUGCUGCGUAACAUGAAGAGAGACUAGCUUAAUGUCUGCAGAGAAGUCCAGCUGAAAGCAGCGAACAUUUAAUUCAGACAUGCUCUUUUUUUGUUUGUUGAGAAUAAGAACUUAUAGAAUUUACACAUUUACUCGUGUUAAAAGCUUUCUUGACAUUUACUAUAUUUAAUUAUUUUACAUCUUGGUAAAUAAAAUGACUACAACAAUA